GACAACUUUCUUUGACAGAGGCAGAACAAUCACAUCUCUUCGCUUCGACAAGUAAAGGUCAUGCAAAGACACCAAGUCGUCCUGGCAAUUUUGGCCAACUAGAUGGCUAGCUUUCAAGCACCUACCCAUCACUCCGCAUCCACAUCAGCAUGGAUAUCAGCGCCGACUUCAAGGCCUUCCAAGACCUCAUCUCCUCCUCCCUCGUCAAUGUGACCCGAAGUGCUGGUCAGGUUUCUAACCAGGAUCUAGGCUUCCAUCGCUCUGCAAGUGAGAACCUUUCACGUUCAUUAGAUCGUCAGAAUGCCCACCUUCUGCGACUCACCAAUAAAUUGUUGAAAGCUGCAACUCGGGACACAACCCUCAGACCUCCACCAACUCUCCACGAUCAAGACAGCAUCGAUGACAACUGGCGUCAGGUCAUAGAUGCAGUGGAUAACCUCCUCGAAAAGGCCGACACUUCUCUCGACGAAUUCUCUGGAGUGCUCAAGCGCCAUGACCCUGCCAAUCAGUCCGUCGCUUCCCCCUCCCCCAAACCAGUGAAGCCUGCAAGAGCUUUCGGAGCAUGGUCACGAGAUUCCAUGCAGAAGCCUCAAGAGCUCUUUCACGUCAAGCCAGAUAAUUAUGCAACGGGGUCUUUCAAACCCUUACUUAGUGACAAACCACAUGCUAUCAUUCCCCUUGAGGACUCGAUCGGUGAUCCAGAAUCUGGGCACAAACAUCCCUACGCCUCAGAGAUUGAGCAAUACAGAUACCCUCCUGCCGUCUAUCAAAAGCAGCCACCAAUUCCCUGGGUCCCCGCAGACCAGAAUGAGGCCAUAUACGUUGACACCGAGGAGGGUGUGGCAACCAUGCUUCAAGAACUCAAGGGUGCAAAAGAGAUCGCAAUAGACUUAGAACAUCAUGACCAGCACUCUUACAUUGGACUGGUCUCUCUUAUGCAGAUCAGCACGCGGGAAAAGGAUUGGAUCAUUGAUACAUUGAAGCCCUGGCGACAAAAUCUCCAGGUCUUGAACCAAGUCUUUGCUGAUCCCACGAUUCUCAAAGUCUUUCAAGGCUCGAGUAUGGACAUGGUAUGGCUUCAACGCGACCUAGGCUUGUAUGUCGUGGGCCUUUUCGACACCUACUAUGCCUCUGCUGCUUUGAACUUCCCAGGAAGGAGCUUGAAGUAUCUGCUGGCAAGAUUCGCAAACUUCGAUGCUCAGAAGCAGUUCCAACUUGCCGAUUGGCGCGUACGCCCUCUUCCUGCAGAACUCAUCGACUAUGCCCGCUCCGAUACACACUACCUGCUCAACAUUUACGACAACUUGCGCAAUAUGCUGAUUGAUGCAUCAACUCCACAAAACGACCUCAUCGAUUAUGUCCUCGUCGAAUCCAAGAGGGAGGCCCUUCAAGUCUACCAACACCCAGUAUAUGAUGCUGAGACUGGUCGUGGACCUGCUGGAUGGCUUUCCAUGCUUAGCUCUCGCAACAUUCGCUUCGACAACCAACAAUUUGCCGUCUUUCGGUCGGUCCAUGCCUGGCGAGAUCGAAAAGCACGAGAGCGGGAUGAAGGGAUUCAACAUGUUCUACCCAACCGUUUUCUUUGGCAGAUUGCUGAAAAUAUGCCUACCACACCAUACACCUUCACUCAAGUGUGUCGAGGCGGCAGCACCAAGCCUGUCAUGGACCAUGUUGUAGAAUUGUGCGAUGCCGUUAAGCACGGGAAAGCACAAGGAAAGACGGGAAAGUCCAUGUUCGAAUUCUUUUCCGAGCAAAGACUCGCCAUCGAUGCUGAUGGCUCGGGUUAUAGCACUCCUAAUGCCCCACGGAGGUCAAGACAUCUGACCUGGCGUAAAGAGGAAACCACUUUGUCCGGCGUUGCGGCCACCCUGCAACAAAUCGCUUCAGAGACUGCACCUUCUCCAGCUGCCACCAAUGAGAAUGUCACUGUGGAUGCCCCCAUCGAUACUCCUGUGGCAGUUCGAACUGCAAGUUCACAAUUGUGGGGUAAUGUAAUCCCUCAGCACCCACACCAAGCAUCUCAAAUGUCUGUGACACUGACAGCAUUACAAACCAUCCUCCCUUUGCCAUCGACAGACACCCAGAUCAAGCCUAGCAGUCUCACGUUGCUGAGAGAUGUGAUUGCAGAUGAGAGAGUCAGCGCCCCUUCUAAGGUUCUUCCACCAACCACAGCAGUUGGUGUCUCGAACCCAUCUGAACCAUUUACAUUGAACGAGCUCUCUCGCUCUUCCAGGAAGCGCAAGGCAUCCGAUGCGUCGGUGAAUUUUUCCAACCCUAUUACAACCAGGACCAAGGCAUCGGGUUCCAACGAGACCGACACGUCCUCCACCACAUCGUCCACAGCCUCAUCGCCGACUUCGUUCAUACAACAAGAAUCCAAAACGGAGACCAAAGCUACACCGCGCCAUCAGAAACCAAACAAAGCAGAGAGGCGGGCUUUGAAGGCGUCUCAAGCCGAAGCAGCCUCGGCGGCGCAGGCUUCGACUAGUCAGCCGUUCGACUAUGCAAGUGCUCCAUCUUUACUGAAUACGACUGCAGACGUAACAGACGGCAAAGAGAAGGGCGUCAAACGGAUGAAUCCAUUUGCCAAAUCACUAGACACCACCACGGGAGCAAAGAGAUCAAAGAUGGGGAAAGAACUUGCUGGCAAGAGCAUGACGUUCAAGUCUUGAGACUCUUUACAAAACUGGACGAUCUUUGUCCUCACCCGUGGUUGGACAUAAUGUAAGUAUUCCCGCAGAGAUGCUGUAGCCCCAGGCCUGCCAGGCAACACACUCGUUGUGAAAAGAUUCUUAGGCAAACCAGUCAGUUUCCCAGACUGCAUCAAUGAGAACAUAUCCAUAUGGCCGACAUUGGUCUCGGCGUGAA